AUGGAUUACAGUGAGUAUGGAAAGGUUCAAGAUGAGAAUGAGGAAGAAAAUGAAGUGUUUUUUGAAGAUUUCAAAAGGACAUAUGGUAAUGAAGGAGAAAUAUCGAUUGCUAACAAUAUCUAUGUCAACCAGAGUUUUGUCAGUAAGCAUGCACUGGUUUUAGAGUUGAGGUUGACAACAGUGAGGUUUAGGUUCUCUUUCAGAAUAUACAAGUCAACGAGAACUAUCUUUGUGGCAACAUGUCGUGUUAAUGGUUGUGGGUGGAAGCUCAGAGCGAGUUUGAAACAUGGGACAAACACGUUUUGGGUUACCAAGCUUUUCAUAGAUCGUGUUGGAAUCAUUGAUGGGUUGAAUCCCCAGCAUAUCAAAGAUGUAAUAAGGAUCAUGUUUGGCAUGAAUCUUGAUUACAACAUUUCAUACAGAGCAUUGUUAUAUACGCAAGAAUUGGUGAGAGGAUCAGCGGAAGAUGGAUACGAGCGACUGCCUUCAUAUUUAGAGCAAAUCGCCAAAGCAAAUACGGUUUCUAUCACCGGUAUAGAGCUUGAUUCUGAGAGUAGAUUUAAGUAUCCAUGUCUCUCUUUUGGAGCUUCUAUAAGAGGUUUUCAGUAUCAGAGAAGGAUCAUUGUGGUGGAUGGGAAUCACCUAAGUGGGAAGUAUGAAGAUGCUGAAAAUGAAGAAUCUUGGGAAUGGUUUUUCACAAAAUUGGCGAGUUGUGUAUCUAAUCAGUUUCCUCUGGUGAUUGUCUCCGACCGGCAUGCGUCCCUUAAAAGUGCAUGUGAUAAGGUGUUUCCUUGGGAAACCCGAAGAAUAUGUUAUUAUCACCUUCAGUGUAACAUUGUCCAAAAGUAUAAAGGGAAGCAUAUCUUGUACUUGGUGAAAGGUGCUGCUUAUGCUCAUACACUUUAA